AAUGGCCUUCCAUACUGCAGCUUAUCCUAGACAAACGAACGCGGGUAACGUUAUUGCUGUAGAAAGCUGAGGUAACUGGAACACAGAAACUGCUCACUGUACACUGAGAAGCAAACUCACUGCAUCAGCAGUAGGAAUUGGACACCAUGACUGCAGAAGAGACAAUUAACAUCAAGGAGGCAGAGAUCCUCAAGCUCAUCCUGGAUUUCCUCAACUGCAGAAAGCUCCAUAUCAGCAUGCUAGCACUGGAAAAAGAGAGCGGUGUUAUUAAUGGACUUUACUCCGAUGACAUGUUGUUCCUCAGGCAACUGAUAUUGGAUGGCCAAUGGGAUGAGGUUCUUCAGUUUAUUCAGCCACUGGAGUUCAUGGAAAAAUUUGACAGAAAGAGGUUUCAAUACAUCAUUCUCAAACAGAAGUUUCUGGAAGCGCUCUGUGUGAAUAAUGCCAUAUCUGCAUCAGAUGAUCAACUAAAUCUGGAGCUGACCAUGCAGGAGGCAGUGAAGUGUCUGCAUUGUCUGGAGGAGUUAAGCCCAUCCAAGGACACCUACAGCAAGCUGUGCCUACUGCUCACGCUGCCUCAGCUCACACACCACGUCGAGUUCAAGGAGUGGAACCCGAGCACAGGACGCGUACGCUGCUUCGACGAAGCGUGCACCAUGGUUGCCGAGUUCAUUCCAGCCGACCGCAAGCUCAGCGAGGCCGGCUUUCGGGCCGGCUCGGACCGCCUCUUUCAGCUGCUCGUCAAGGGUGUGCUGUAUGAGUGCUGUGUGGAGUUCUGCCAAAGCAAGGCCACAGGCGAGGAGAUCGGCGAGGCCGAGGUGCUGCUGGGCAUCGAUGUGUUGUCAGGCAACGGCUGCGACGAGCCCGACUUGAGCCUGAUCUCCUGGAUGAGAAACCUCGCAUCUGCUGCUUUCGCUUGCGCCUUCGAGCAGAAGAACCUCAAUAUCCACGUGGACCGACUGGCAAAACCAGCAAGACCAGUUUAUACUGACCUGCUUGCACCGAUCCUCGCCAGAUUUUCACCCUGCCCUGUCUCACCGCUCAGACGUCCACAGUCGGCCGACGCAUACGUGUCACGCUCCCUCAACCCAGCUCUAGAUGGUCUAUCCUACGGUCUAGCGGAAAGGGAGAAGAAGUGCACCGAGGGCAGAGGGAAGGAAGCGAAUGCAAUGUCGCACUCGUUCGCCAACUUCGGCCUGAAUACCAGUCAGAGUGUACUGGACAAAACUGUCAUCACAGAAACACCAGAAAGGUCCCACACACAAGAAGAAAGAAUAAAUAUUUCAGAAGGACCUAACUCUCUGUGUUCCAGUGAAGUCCCUAGGUGUAAUGGACAACCCCCUGCUUCAUUUGAGAAAAGUGAGGAGCAGUUGCAAGAGUUCCAGCGUCAGCGACUGCGUGUGCAGCAUCACCUGGAACAGAAGCAGCAGCAGAUGCAGCUCUAUCAGCAGAUGCUGCUAGAGGGAGGAGUGCAGCAGCCAGAUCAAGCCUCUGGUGCCGGCCAGCACAACCUCACGCAGACCUUCCUCAGCAGAUCCAUACAGAAACUGGAGGAGCUGAAUGUAGGGAUGGAAGAUCUUGGGGAGGACGUGCAGGCCUUGGCUCAGCAAUGUAACGGCCCUCAAGCCGGAGCACACCAGACACACACUCCUGAAACAUCUGGAACAGCCAAAGACAGAGCAGCUAUCAAUAGUAGCACACCUCAGAGAGUAGGUGCUCGGGGAAUGCCUUCGCUGGACGAGUCUCCUGUACUGUUCAGCCGCAAUGCAUUUCAGGAUGACAAACUCAAAUCUCCAUUCAGACCGGUGCACACACUAGAGGACACCCAAGCUGUGCGUGCGGUGGCAUUCCAUCCUUCUGGAACGCUAUACGCCGUUGGAUCUAAUUCCAAAACCUUGCGUGUGUGCGUGUAUCCCCAGGACCUAAGUGCCAGUGUGGAAGGUCCAGCACAGCAGCCUAAUGUCUGCUUUCAGCGCAACAAGCACCACAAAGGCUCCAUCUACUGUGUGGCUUGGAGUCCAUGUGGCCAGCUGCUUGCAACUGGAUCCAAUGACAAAUGUGUUAAAGUCCUGCCAUUCAAUCCAGAUAACUACAACGCUGUUGGGCCGGAUCUGGAGUUCAGCAUGCAUGAUGGGACUAUACGUGACCUGGUGUUUAUGGAGGGACCACAAAGUGGUGGCGCCAUCCUCGUUAGUGCUGGAGCGGGAGACUGCAACAUCUACACAACAGACUGCCACAGAGGACAGGGCCUACAUGCACUUAGUGGGCAUACAGGACACAUUCUGUCUCUCUACACAUGGUGCAGUUGGAUGGUAGCGUCUGGCUCUCAGGAUAUGACUGUACGUUUCUGGGAUCUGCGUGUACCCAGCUGUGUGAAAUUAUUUGGGACUGCGCUGCAGGGAACUGGUGGAAGUGCAGUGGCUUCAGUGGCAGUGGAUCCCACUGGACGGUUACUGGCUGUAGGAUUGGAGGAUUGCCGCUGCAUGCUGUUCGACAUCAGAGGGGGCCGAACAGUUCAGACUUACACCCCUCACACUGAUGAUAUUCGCUCUGUACGCUUCUCCCCCGGAGCACAUUACCUUUUGAGCGGCUCCUACGACAGCAAAAUCAUGAUCACCGAUCUACAAGGAGAUUUGACCAAGCCCCUUCCAGUAAUGGUUGCUGGCGAACACAAGGACAAAGUGAUCCAGUGCCGGUGGCACACGAGAGAUGUUUCCUUCCUGUCAUCUUCAGCAGACAAGACUGUCACUCUGUGGGCACACGGCUCUUAAAUUCCUAAAAGGGAAUAAAACACCACAUCAGAGAAAGCACAAUGCAAUCCCAAACUAACACUGUGCAUGCAGUAGGACCACUGACUGGUAGAUAACAAACAAGACUAUUCUUCUCACAUCAGCACUUUUUACUGUUAGUUAUUCCAUGUAUUCUCAGUACUAAUAUUCAAGAACUAGACAUUCGAUAGUAACAAGUCUUGCAUGUUUGCUACUGAGGAUAUAAAAAAGGUUAAUAUUUGAUAAAGCUAUGAAGCUAACUUGCUGUGCUGUAUCAGUAUACGGUUAUCUUGCGAUACAGGCCACUUCAUUUUCAGUAGAUUGUUGUGCCUUGAUUUUCAUAAUCCAUAUUUAGGCUUAUGAAUGUACAUUUUAAAUUAUGGCUUGCAGUGUAUUUAAUGAAAAUACGGCAUGCUAUGCUGAUUUUGGUGCAGGUGAUUCACUCAAAGUGUGUUAUAAUUACAUGUAAUCAUUUUAGGAGCUUUAAAAGGUCCAAAGUAAAUGUAUUUAUUUUUGUUUAACAAUUUGCACAUGCUGUAAAGCACCUUAUACUAAAUGUAUUUAAAAUGAAAUGUUGUUUGAGGAUGUAAACAGUGAAUAAAAUAAUAGCAAUAAUGACACGUACAAUAAGUAGCAGUUGCAUUGUAUGAUUAAGAUGAGACCCUAAAUGUAUGGUACCAGUUUUAUUCACAAAUGCAUUUACAUUUUACAAUUACAGUAGAUCCUCGAGUUACGAACGGUUUACCAUAUGAACAUUUUGGGUUACGAACGAUUUUUUUUCAACUUGACGUUCGAACCGAAAUUCGCGAGACACGUGACAUCACGAACAAGUUGACUCAGAGCGUCUCUCUCAGUUCAAUUCAAAAGUGCUUUAUUAGCAUGACAAAUAUUCACAUUUGUAUUGCCAGAGCGCAUUUACAAACUAGAUAAUAAAUGAAAAAAUUGCAUAUAUAAACAUAUUAAUUUAAAGAAUGUUCAAUAACAUUAGUAAUUAGCCUUAAAAAAUAACAGAAACAAAU